UAUUACCAUGUUUCUUGACAAAAUUGUGACAAAUUUUUAGUCAUUUUUAAAGUUUUUCUAUUUUUAUAAUUAAAUAAUUUACAAAUAAUUUUUUACAGUAACAAUAUGGAAAGAAAACAUAAUAUAAUGCUAAUGAAGGAUUUAACGUAUUGCGCUUUAUAUAAGCACGAGUACCAGACAAAUUUAACGAAGAUUUACAGAUACACCUGCCAAAAGGGGGAAAUAUGUUGUGAGAGUUCAAACGGUUGUUGUCCUAAAACAGUAAAGUAUUAUCAAUCAUGGUGUUUUUGGGUUUUUGCCAUCGGUAUGGUUUUGGUGUCUUAUUUGCUAUGUUGGUACUGCAAGAAAUUAGAAAAAGAACGCCAGUCUGAAAGAAGAAACGCUGAGAACAGAAUAAAUACACCAGGAAUUCUACCAUCUCCGAGAGCUGCAGUACCGAAUCGAAGUAGCAAUGUGGAUUAUUUAUUAGAAACUUUGAUAGCAAAUUAUAGAAGUGAUGACACGAUAUACACAUGCAGAUUUUGGAGAUGAUGCCAGUGUGAACAGUGUUCAGCUAACUGAAGGAAUUAGUACGAGCGUUACCCACAUAAGGUACUAUCCUGGUGUCAAAUUAUGGGUGGUACGAUCAACUCUAGAAAGGAUUUUGUUGUUUUUGAGUGCAUUUUUGUUGAUGGUAGGCUUGGUAUUGGCUAUCGUGAUUAACGUUAUCGAACACAGUUUACAUGAAGCGAGGAUAGCGCAACUGAAAUUCGAAGCGGAACAGCCUUGCCUGAACUCAUCCUGUGUCCACGUAGCCAGCCACGUUCUGGAAGCCAUGGACCUCUCUAUCGAUCCUUGCGAAGAUUUCUACUCGUAUUCUUGCAACGGAUGGGUCAAGGCCAAUCCCAUACCGGACGGCAAAAGCAAUUGGGGAACUUUUAUGAAACUGGAACAGCAGAAUUGGCUAGUGAUUAAGCAGGUUUUGGAACAACCCAUAGAAACAUUCAAGUCUAAGGCGGAGAAAAAGGCGAAAAUCUAUUACGAAUCAUGUCUGGAUAGCAACGAUACCGUAGAAAGCCGUGGAGCGGGACCUGUGCUCGAAUUACUUAGAAAGUUAGGUGGUUGGAAUAUUAGCGAAAGUGGGUUUAGUCUUGCCAACUGGACAUUGCAAAAUACAAUUCAACUGGUCCAAAAUAAGUACAAUAUUGGAGCGCUGUUUUCUUAUGCUGUGGGAGAAGAUGACAGGAAUUCUAGUAGACACGUGUUACAAAUGGAUCAGAGUGGAUUAUCUUUACCUACUAGGGACAAUUAUUUAAACAAAACUGAAGAACACGUAAAAAUUCUAGAUGCAUACUUGGAGUACAUGAUCAAGUUCGGAGUGCUCUUGGGUGGAGAACUGAACUCGACCAGAAGUCAAAUGGAGUCUGUGCUUGAAUUUGAGACGAGACUUGCCAACAUCACCACACCGAGCGAUCUGAGAAGAGACGAGGAAUCGUUGUAUCAUCUGACCACAUUAGCUGAGUUACAAGAGAAAUCUGACUUUAUAGAUUGGAGACAGUUUUUCGAAAACGCAAUGAAAGUAGUUCAGAAGAAGAUCAGCUCUAAACAGCAAAUCGUAAUAUACGCUCCAGAAUAUCUUGGUAAUUUGAGCGAACUCAUCAAGGAAUAUCAGAACACCAAUGAAGGAAAAAUCACCCUGAAUAAUUAUCUUGUUUGGCAGACAAUUAGAGUUUUCACUUUAUGUCUUUCAAAGCCAUUUAGAGACGCUUACAAGGGUUUCAAAACGGCCCUUACAGGGUCGGAUGGUGGCGAGGAACCCCAAUGGAGGUAUUGCAUACAAGACACCAACAAUGUUUUAGGUUUUGCUUUGGGUGCGAUCUUUGUUCGAGAAAUAUUCAAUCCGGAUUCGAAGGAGCAAGCUGAGACGAUGAUAAACAAUGUUAGAAACGCCUUUAAGCGCAACUUUAAAAAUCUGGAGUGGAUGGACGAAGAUACGAGGAAGGUGGCCAUUGACAAGGCUGAUGCCAUUUCAGAUAUGAUAGGUUAUCCAGAGUUUAUUAAAGACGUUCACCAUUUGGACGAGAGAUUUGACAACCUAAAUAUCGGACCUGGAACUUACUUUGAGAAUAACGUGAACAUUAUUUUUUACAAUUUGAAAAAGAAUUUGGAAAAAAUCAACGAGCCCGUGAACAAAACUACGUGGAGUAUGGUACCUUCAACAGUAAACGCCUAUUACACUCCGACGAAAAACCAGAUGGUUUUCCCGGCCGGGAUCCUGCAGAAUCCGUUCUACGAUCCGCAGUUUCCGGAAAGUCUCAAUUACGGAGCCAUGGGCGUCGUCAUGGGGCACGAACUCACCCACGCGUUCGACGAUCAGGGCCGACAGUACGACAAGAACGGUAAUCUGAACCAUUGGUGGAACAACAAGACCGUGGAUAGGUUCAAAGAGAGAACAAAAUGUGUUGUGGAACAAUACAACAAAUAUAAAAUAAACAAUAAGAAUGUAGAUGGUAACCAGACUUUGGGAGAAAAUAUUGCGGACAAUGGAGGAUUGAAGGCGGCUUAUCACGCUUACCUGGAUAUGAUGGAGAGCAAACCGGAGCCUAGGAAACUUCCCGGAUUAUCCCUGAACCACAAACAACUAUUCUUUGUUGCUUUCGCUCAAGUGUGGUGCUCUGCAUUUACCAAAGAAUCGACCAACCUCGAACUCGAAAAGGACUCCCAUUCCCCAGCCAAGUUCCGAGUCAUCGGAGCCGUGAGUAAUUUGAAGGAGUUCAGUGACGAGUUCAACUGCAAAGUUGAUUCGAAAAUGAACCCGAAAAACAAGUGCGAAGUAUGGUAAAAUGGUAAAUGACCACAGACCACUUUCGACCACGCUUAAAUAGCGUUUCUAUCAGAUAUAUAGAAAGAUAGCGAGAAUAAGCUUGAACAUGCGCCGAAAUUCUAAUUAUUGCCAUAUGUUCGCGCUUAAAUGUAUACUGUUGGUGCCAACGACUAAAGAAUAUAAGGAGAUGUAACGCCCAUAUACGGGCUGCAGCAGAAUUUGUGACCUUAGAGGCCAUUCUUUUGAUGGCAAACAAUGAGUCAUUAUUUGGUCACCAGCG